AUCAUUUUAGGAAGAAAACCAUUUGGACAAAAAAUGAAGUUCCUUAUCUUCACAUGUGUUGGUGUUGUUAACCUUCUGUCUCUGGGCUCUGGGAAAACUAUAUACAAGAGUGACGGCUCUCGGCGAACUUUUCAAGAAAUAAAAGAAGAAAUAGCCAGCUAUAAGGAUGUGGCUAAAGAAAUUAUCGACCUUGCUGUUUAUGGGAAAUUCCAGAAUCGGUCCUAUGAGCGACUGGCACUUUUAGUUGACACUGUUGGACCCAGAAUGAGUGGCACCAGGAACCUUGAAAAGGCCAUCCAGAUCAUGUACAGAAACCUGCAGGACGACGGGCUGGAGAAUGUCCACCUGGAACCAGUCAGGGUGUCCCACUGGGAAAGGGGCAGCGAGUCUGCUGUGAUGCUGACUCCGAGAGUUCACAGGAUGGCCAUUCUGGGCCUUGGCGGUAGCAUCGGGACACCCCCAGACGGCAUUACAGCCGGAGUUCUGGUGGUGGCCUCUUUCGAUGAGCUGCAGAGAAGGGCCUCGGAAGCAAGAGGGAAGAUUGUUGUUUAUAACCAACCUUACAUCAGCUACGCGAAGACAGUGCAGUACCGAGUCCGGGGGGCAGUGGAGGCUGCCAAGGUGGGGGCUUUGGCCUCCCUCAUCCGAUCAGUGGCUUCCUUCUCCAUCUACAGUCCUCACACAGGCAUGCAGCAAUACCAGGAUGGUGUGCCCAAGAUCCCAACAGCCUGUAUUACAGUGGAGGAUGCAGAAAUGCUAUCAAGAAUGGCUUCUCGUGGUAACAAAAUUGUCAUUCAGCUGAAAAUGGAAGCGAAGAAUUACCCAGGUACAGAUUCUUACAACACUGUAGCAGAGAUCGUUGGGAGCAAGUACCCAGAGCAGGUGGUGCUGGUCAGUGGACAUCUGGACAGCUGGGAUGUCGGGCAGGGUGCCAUAGAUGAUGGCAGCGGAGCCUUUAUAUCAUGGGAAGCACUCUCACUUAUUAAAGCUCUCGGGUUGCGGCCAAAGAGAACUCUGCGCCUGGUGCUGUGGACUGCAGAGGAGCAAGGUGCACUGGGCGCCUCCCAGUAUUAUCAGUUGCACAAGGUAAAUAUUUCCAACUACAGUCUGGUGAUGGAGUCUGACUCAGGCUUAUUCCUGCCCACUGGGCUGCAGUUUACUGGCAGUGAGAAGGCCAGAUCCAUCAUGGAGGAGGUCAUGAGCCUGCUGCAGCCCCUCAACAUCACUCAAGUCUUCAGGGGUGCAGAUGGGGCAGACAUCAACUUCUGGAUCCAAGCUGGAGUACCAGAUCUGUGCUGCGCCUGCUCAAAAAGCAGCUCAGUGACUUCGGCUCUUCUCCUUCUCAGAAGAUGGCAAAUGCUUUCAUCUCAUGAGUUGGUUUCUCUAUGAUUUCUUAUGGCUGCAUUUACUUAAGAAAAAUAGUAAUCGUGAACAACCUGAAGUCAGUAGUGGUCAACUCUGGCAUGGCUUCUUGAUAAAUAUGUCAACCUUAAGCUUCCUUCUUUCAGCUUAUGAAUGUGCAAAGAGUUGUUUUUAAAUGUCUGGCUUACUAUUUUUAACACACUGCAUAUGAAAGAUACUUUAAAAACUGCAAAUCUGGUUGCACUGAGAGAACAUGGCGGACAGACAACAGCAACUACUGAACACUCUCUAAAGGCUCGGCUCAGAGGCCAGGAAUGAUGCGGACUAAGGAGAUACGAACCAGUAGAGAUAUGCUCUGCUGACUCAGGAACGAACUGGGCUGAGAGAAUCCAACUUGGAAUACAGUCCUGGCGCUAAAAUAGGAACAGAAAAAUCUCGGUGUGGAGGCUCGACUCCGCGCCAUUGGAAACCGAGGUUUGGAUUUCCCGCCGCCCGGCGGCCGGCUACCUCCACAGCAGCUCGGCAAGGAGAGACGCGACCGCCGAGCUCUGGGAACGGGAGUCUCCGAACGGAGUCGGAAACGCGACGGACAGGGAGGAAGGCUGACUGGUGGCGAGGUGAGCGAGGAACUGACUCCCUACCGCAGUUUGACUCCAGCGGAGGUUUUUCUGGGCGCGGGCAGUCCUGUAAGAGCAGGGCGCGGUGGCAACUGCAGCCGCACGUUUCCCUCUCGGACGGGAUUGGUGAAAGGUGCCUGGCCGGAGGGACACUGCUUGCGGACUCCCUAGGCUGGCCUAACCCAGAUCCCAGAGCCUGACGGUGGCCCGGAGGAGCGACUGACUCCCGCGUAGGCUGCCUCCUCCGCAACUCCCUGGGGCGCAGCAGUGAGCGGGAACAACUAGCCAGCGCAAUUUGAUCAAGCUGUGGCUGACAGGCAGGGAAGCCGGGCCUCCUGUGUAAGAUUACAUUUUAUAAGGAACAGAAAAUAUGGGGAAGGGAAGCAACAAAAAAGGCUCCUCAACCCCCAAUCCUGAGAAUCAGGCAAUAGUGGACACUGCACCAAUAUACAUUAAGCGCCAUUUAGAGAGCCUCAUAGACCAAUUCAGGAAUGAAGUUAUCAAUGACCUGAAGCUAGAAGUAUGCAGAAUAGUUAGAGAAAUGCUAAGCACCACCCAGGAAAAAGCAGAUGGUGGAAUGGAAGAACAGAAAAAGAGGGGAGAAUUGCUUGAUGGAGAAAACAGAGAAAGCAUUGAGUAUGUGAAGCAGGUGCAAAGGGACUAUCAAGAAAUUAAGAAGUCUACCCAAGACUGGCAUAACAGCUUGAAAGAAACUAAGGACAGACUAUCUCAAUUGGAGGGCAGACUUGAAACAUGGGAGAAUGAAAUGAAAAACUUCUUAAAAAUAACAAAGAAACACACAGCAAUAAUACAAAGACAAGAAGAUGAUAAGAGGAGCCAUAACUUAAGGAUUAAGAACAUAAAAGAAGAAGUAGGGACACAAACAAGUGAACUACAAAAGCUACUCACAGAAAUAAUCCAGGAGAAUUUUCCUAAUUUAGCAAAAGGUAAAGAUACUCAAAUGUAUGAGGCAUACAGGACCCCAGCUACCUACAACCCUAACGAGAAACACCCAGGCAUAUAAUAAUAAAAAUUCCAGAAAUUCAAUACAAGAACAGAAUAUUAAAAGCUGUAAGAGACAAGAAACAGAUCACUUACAAGGGAAGACCCAUCAGAAUUACACCAGAUUUCUCUUCACAAACCAUCAAAUCACGAAGAGCAUGGGGAGAAAUAAUUCAAGCUUUGAAAGAUAAUAAUCUACAGCCAAGAUUGAGAUAUCCUGCACAACUGUCCCUGGAAAUUGAUGGAAAAACGAGGUGCUUCCAGGAUAAAGAGGAACUGGGGGAAUUUGCAACCACCAAUUCAACCCUACAGAAAGUAUUGCAGGAUAUUCUAAAAAAAGAAAAAUACAAAGAACCCAGAAAUAGGGGCGGGGAGGCCACAACGAAUGGAGCAGAGAACAAAAUGAAGAAGACAAACUGACAGCUACUGACAGAAAAAGAGCUCAACAGAAAUGAGACAGAAGAUUGGAUGAUAGGAACAGCUUUUUUUGGAGAAAAUGACAUCUUAAUAGGUAAUGCUGAUUUAGUACCAUCUUGUUUUGAAGUCUCAUCUAGCUUUUGUUCUUCUGUCUCCAAUGGUCUAAACAGGUUGUAUCUUAUUGGAUUUUGUUAUGUACGAUAGUAUAAGAAAAAACCUUUUAAAGACAAGGAGAUUAUACAGAGACCAUUGUUCAUUUUCUGUUAGUCGAUUCUAAAUACUCUAUAAUGCUGUCAUUCUCUUAAAUGGAUUUACAUUGUUUUGAUAUACUUAAUGCUACAGUAUAUGAAGUUGUACUCAAGGACUUCAGGGAGGGAGUCAAUAUGGUAACUAUUUUUGGGUCAGGAUUAGCUGGUGGUGAAACACUAUUCUGCUUAAAUGGUUAUGUUUUGAUCUGCCCUGUUUCGCUGUUAUGCCCUCCUUUUUCUCAAUCUCCACUCCAUUAUUUACUUUUUUAUUUUUAUCCAUUUAAUUAAAGGGAAAAAUAUAGCAGGAUAUAAUAUAGUAACCCACUUUGACUUUCUAUUAUCUCGAUUUGAAGCCUUGUAUUACUCUCACCAUCUUGUUUUUGACUGAGGUUCCUAUAUUCUGUUUUGCUGGAUAGUAUCAGGUUCGAAAGUUUAGGCAUCAGCUGAGAAGAUAAUGAGAUUCAUUAUAACGCCCAUUCUCGUUGACUUUUAUCUACUUUUGAAGACCUACAAUAUCUCCAAUGUUUUGGUUUUGUCGGUUUUAUUCUUUACGGUUUUGUUCAAUUGUAUUACAACUAAUGAUAUAGGCAAUUCUAUUAGAAAUAGCGGGAGGCAUUAUGGUAACCAUUGUUGAUCACCUUGUAUUAUGUUUUUAUAUUAUCUAUUAUGUCCACCCUUUUGACUUGACCAAUUCUGUUCCGUUAUGUCACAUUUGGUUUUACUCUCUUCCAAAAAAGCAACAAGAACCGUGGGAGCAAUGAAACCCAAAAUGUGUAAUAGUCACUGUACAAAAGAGAGGAAAAGAAAGUGCUCUAAACUAUAUAACUGCAUGUAUAUUUAAAUGUAUAAGAUAGAAAAUGAUAGCACAGAGUAUUAUUGGAUCAUUGAACAGAACUGUUUGCAGUAUCAUUGUUGGAAUGUCCACUCUACAAGCUUUAAUUUUGUGACUUAAACAAUUAUUUCUAAGAUGGCAAUAUGUAAUCCAUUAACUAGUGAUUUCCUACUGCGCAUUUUUUUAUUCUGUAAAUCUGUAUAACUUGUACCCCUUCACUGUUUUUUUUUCUUUCUUUUCUUUUCUCCUUAAAUAAAAAUUAAAAAAAAAAACUGCAAA